UUCCGUAAUAAUCAGUACAGAUAUAUAGUUAGACCUGCAGAUAUUGAUUGUAGCAGAUCUACAUAUACUUUUCAGGUAUAAAACAGACUCUUCAUAUAAAAGUGGACCGCGUUCGAAACAUUUAUGCAGGAUUUUGUGCAGGCUGAAUUGCUUUCUCUUAUUUGUCACCCAUUCGCGCAUCACAUCCAUGGCCGAGAAACAGGAAGAAGUGGACGUUCCGGUCUCUUCACAAGGCUUAACAUGUCCACUGUGUCUUGGUAUCUUCGACGAUGCAACCCUCUUGACCUGCGGACAUACCUUCUGUCGACCCUGUCUCAGGAAAUACGACCUAUCCCGCCAGGAUCUUGAUCACAUGGUCUGCCCUCUCUGCAGGACGGUGACGAAGUUGUCCGCAAACCGGGUCGACGAUCUCCUCCCCAAUGUGACGGUCAACGGACUAGUGGACGACCACCGUGCCAGGUCUGGAGGGGCUAGUGCCAUCCUGGAGAUGCGGCAAAAGUGCACUGUCUGCAACCUUCAGGUAGAGGUCAUCGCUUUCUGCAGUACAUGUGAUGCAUACAUGUGUGAUCAAUGCCGCGUUGGCCACAAACAACUGAAGCUCUUCUUCGAAGGACAUGAGAUCGUAUCUAUCCAGGAUAUCGUUGAGGGAAAUUUCAAACCUGGUAGUCGCUCCGAGAAAUGUUCCGCCCACAGACAAGAGAACAAAGAUAUGUUCUGUCAGGAUUGUAAGAUACGCGUCUGUUUCAAGUGCGUCAUCAUUGAUCAUCGAGAUCACAAGAUACAAUCACAUCAGGACUUCGAAAAGGAAAUGCAGGUUAAGGUGAGGGAUCUUCUCCAUCGAUGUAAAGCAAAGAAAUCAGAACUGAAGAAGAACAUUCAGACUUUGGAGACGCAUCGUCAUGAAGCACACACUGCUCUUCAGCUACUACGUAAAGAUGUCGGUCAAGCCUGUCGUACCAAGGUCAAGCUACUAGAAGACAACAGAGGUGCACUCGUUGAGAAGAUCGAAGCUCUAGAACGUAGUUUUGAUGAAGCCCUCAACGGUGUCAAAUCGAAGGACAAACAGAUGAUCAAGAGCAUUUGUAGUUUGGAAGAUCUGGUGGCUAAUGACAGACUAGGAUGUCUUGAGGCGGACAGUCUGGUUGUUCACACAUUUCUUUGCGAAGAGAUCGACGGCUUGCUAAAGGAGAUUAUUGAUCAAACCUCUGCAGCAUCCAUAGAAGAGAAGGCACGGAAGCAGAGGUUCAAGCCUGCAGAUGACACCAGCCUUGACCUCGGGAAUAUCUCAGAAACAGAGACUGAGGCUGCACUGGAUGACAUGGUGAAGGGGGCUUCUAAUGACACUUCUGCAGCAACCAAAGUGGAGGAAGCCGAGAAGAAGAGGUUUGGCAGAGGUUGUCAGCGGAUGCCAAGCUAUGAUGACUACACGAUUGGAUUAAUCGUUUGGUCCAAAGAUCGACCGAAACUCCGUAUUAUUAAGUGUGCAUUUUUAGUUGGCGAAGUUAUAGCGAUGACAAAAUACACCAACAACUCAGUGGCAAUCGCAUAUCGUGGUGGUUAUGUCACUGAUAUCGUUAGUUUAAAUGAAGAAGUACCGUUAAACAUUCCAAAAGGUAUGAGAUGUUAUGAUCUUGUGUUCCAAAGUGACAUGACUCUAUGGGUAUCUGCAGGUUAUAAACAGGUACAGAGGUAUUAUUCCAAUGGCAUUCCUAAAUAUACCAAAGUGAAAAGUAAUGGAAGUCUUUUAAGGCUGAGUAGGAGUCAAUCAGAUGAAAUUCUAAUAACCCAAUAUUCAAAUCAUGUCUCCAUCUACGACCCCUCGGGAACCACACUCAAACACGAUGUGCGAACAAGACACAUAAUCACUGAGCAUGCAUUUGCGACCAAGUCGGGUUUAAUCGUCACAAGUUCUUGUUACGGCAACGAAUUUGAGAAUCCAAGGAUGGUGACGGUCUAUGACAGGGAUGGGAAUGCCGGGAGGCAUCUAGAAGCUCCACCUGGGGUCUACCUGUAUCUAGCCUUAGACGAGCAGGACAGGGUGUAUGUAGCGCAUGUUGAUCACAAUACCGUGCUGAUCAAACUAUAUGACCUUGAUGGUCUGAACCUGAAAGACAUUGGUCAGUUUAAUUGUCUGAACUUGGCAAUAAGUGAUACACGUUGUCUCAUGAUUUCUCUCACUCCAGAACUACUUAUGUUUGCUAAUAUCAAUCAAGUCUUUUUCUUAGAAGUUAGAUGGUUUGUUUCCUAAGUAUCUUUCAGUACAGGACCCUUUUGGAUGUUACUGUAAGUCACGCGUUGAAUGUCAAGAGCGUCGAACAUAAUCAUGCCAAUAACGACUCUCUUCACGCAUUUCUGAAGAUAGUUAUAUUACGAUUGAUUGACCUAAUAUAAUUGUAAAAAUAAAUAAUAAUGAUAAUUACAAAAAGAAAUAACAAUAGUUGGUUCUUAUACUGCACUCAACCCCUUCAAAUCUGACCCUCUUGGCGUUCUACAAUUAUUACCGCGGCUCGGGCUUGGCUGCCAUCAUGGCACUCUAGCAUUUCAAAUAACUAAUUCCUGCCUGGUACCCAUUUACCUCACCUGGGUCGAGUGAGGCAUAUAUUGAUAAAAUUCUUACCAAAUGCAAUUAGUGACGUAGCGGGACUCGAACCUCGAGAUGCACAGACUGGUAACUUAUCCACUAGACCACGACACCUCGAAGUGCAAUAGAGGUACAAUAGUUGGCAGUCGAUGAUUAAACAUUUACGACACUAACACGUGGAGAGUUGUGAAAUAUAUUUGCCAUAAUUGAGAAUCAAGAUUUAAAUAUAUGUUUUAAAAGAUGUUCUGAAAUACAUGUGUGCCAGGAGGCAUACGGAUAUGCCCGGAGGAACACGCAUGGCAUCUUUUUGUUGGGCACCUGC